AUGAACAAAAACACCAUCGAAGCAAAGGUCGUCUUUCUCACUGGAGCCGGUUCGGGUAUUGGACGAGCCACAGCACUCAAGCUCAGCAAACUAGGAGCACGCCUGGCACUCAGCGACAUCAACAUCGAAUCAUGUCGGGAAACCGCCAAGCAAUGCGCCGGAGGCCCUCACCAAGUCAACAUGCUCAACGUAGCAGAAUACAAGCGCUGCAUUGAAGCCGUCAAGGAUGUGAUAGGCUACUUUGGCCGUGUCGACCAUGUGUUCAACUGCGCGGGCAUCAACCCCACUGCCCGAGACUUGGUCGACUGCUCCGAAGACUAUUUCGACAAACUGGUUGCUGUGAACCUCAAGGGCGUCUACAAUGUCACCAAAGCCACGAUUCCUUACCUGCGCUCUGGAAGCGCCAUUGUAAACGUGUCUUCCAUCUGCGGCAUCCACCCUCACAAGCAAAUGGCCAUCUACUGCGCGACCAAAUACGCAAUCAUUGGUUUCUCGAAAUCCAUGGCUUUGGAGUUGGGACCCAAGGGUAUCCGCGUCAAUGUUGUCGCGCCCGGCUACAUCGAAACGCCGACGAAUUCUGCGGUUAUGGCUGGCGAGGAGGCGUUGAAGAAGACGGUGGAUCAGGUUGCCAUGGGACGUAUGGGCAAGGCUAGCGAGAUUGCUGAUGUGGUGGCUUUCCUCAUGGGCGAUGAGAGCAGGUACAUGAAUGGUUCCGUUGUUGAAGUCAAUGGCGGUACAGGAUAG